CUCAGUCCGGCGCACUUUGCCGCUCUCAGCGCACCGUCUGUCCGCCUCUACCUCGACACGACAUGGGUGUAGAGAAGGAAAAGCUGAACACCAGCAUAAUUAUGGACGAGGACGAGUUCAACCGAUCCAUAGAGCCCAUUCUGAUGAAGAAGGGGAAGGUGUAUUCGGAGGCACCGGCUCGGGAUCCAAACGAGAUCAACACGCAUCUGAAGGUGGGUUUCGAGGACGUGAUCGGUGAGCCGAGCUCCGCCCACAGCUUUGACAGGGUUUGGAUUGGGAGCCACGCCACCUUCGAGCUGGUGAAGUUCUUCUUCUACCGCCUGCUGACCACCCUGCUGGCCGUUCCCAUGGCCUUCACACUGGGGCUGGUCUUUGGAGUGCUCAGCUGUGUCCACAUCUGGCUGGUGAUGCCAGUGGUCCAGAGCUUCAUGAUGCUCCUGCCUUCAGCACAGAAGAUUUGGAGGAGUCUGGUAGACAUUUUCGUAGUGCCGCUGUUCCAGAGCCUGGGGAAAUGUUUGUCCUCCAUUCAGAUUGAAACCACAGAGAACUGAAGCAGACAGCUCUCCGUCCACCGUGACGACGAGAGAAGGGAGUCGUUGGGAAAUGUUAAAAAGGGGCGAGGGACACGUGAGCUCUUAAAACGUUCAGUAUAAGAUACAGAAGGAGGUGUGCAAAAUAAAAGACAAUCAUCGGGGAAAAGAAGUUUAGAGUAUGACCAGAAAACCUCAUCUUGCUUUAGCCGAUGGUUCCGUAGCGUUUACUUAAUUGUUCUGUUUGUUGUUUCCUCUGAAGUGGGUUUGGGUGAAGUAUUGAUGACUACCUAGUAAAGGUAUAUUUCAUGUUUUAAUGAAGAGUGUCUCAAAAAGUUGCUAUAAUCAUGUGACUUUGUCAGUGGCCUCAGACAGGAAGCUGCGUGCUUUAGGCUUUAGGAUGGCGCUAAAUUUGAGAGUCUUAUUUUGAAGUGAGAAAGGAAGUUGUUUCGGAGUUGUUUCUUUGGUUGUGUUGUUGGAUUGACUGUUAAAGACUGCUUGUUGGACUAACAACAUUGUGUUGCAAUAGCAGUAGAAAAAAAAAGUUUCCACCAUCUUAGAAUUGCUUGGCAGCCUUCGAUGUUUGUAAAGUUAACCUUCAGCCAUUUGCAUCAAAUUUGGAGCUUUCAGAGCUGAAGGGCUAUUUCUGAGUUUCUUUGUGAGUCCAGACUGCAUUUGGUCAAAUAUUUACUCUGACAGUAAACAGGUGGACAAGCUAAAUGCUAGCUGCUACUUAUGCUAAAGUUAGCUUUUUUACCGAGCCUCAGCUGUGUCAUCUCUAGUUCAGAUCUAAAAUACUCAGGAAAAUCAAAACAGAACCUAAUUCAACACUAAGCAGAUUUAUUUUUACAAUACCAGGUUAAAGAAGCCAAAAAUACUAUGUUUAUUAUCUUUUUGGUGAGAUGUAGUUGUCAAAUUUGGACCGAGAUGUUUUACUCUUAUUGGAAAUAAUUUAAAAAUUCUCUUACUUAUUCUUACAUUCAUAAGAACCCGAGUCUUAUCAAUUGGACUUAGAGUUACACUCCCGGUAGUUGAUCAAGUUUUCUUUGGAUUCAGCCGACAGCUAAUCUUUUCUUGCUAAUGCUCAGGUGAAUUUUAAUGAAGCAUUUAAAAAAAAAAAUCACCCUGACUGCUGUAGUCAUCUGACAAUAUUAAGAAAUGAAUUACAAUUAUGUGAGAUUCUCCGGGACCAGAUGACAGUCUUACC